AUGCAUUUUUCCGCUGUUGGCCUCGUCGCUGCUGUUCCCAUGCAACUGAAUACCCGACAGACGACCUCCAUGAUGUGUAGCCCCAACUUCGAGGGCGUUGGUCUGUCCGUCACCAAUAGCGCUCGUGAAUGGGGCGUUUCUGCUCACACCGUUGGUGCGGAUGUGACUGCCCCUACUGGCUCCCUCAGUACUGCCGAUUUUCUGUUCCAACAGAACGGACAGCCUGCAGUCAGCUACACUAUCAAGGAUAUUACGAACCCCAAUUUGGCAGUUGCCGUUCGCCCCGAUGGUACUCUUACUUUGGACAACGUCGACGCUAGUGACAAUGACCAUUGCAGCACCAACAUAUCCCAGCUCCACGGAAAUGUGGCUUUUGGGUGCAACAUAACUUCUGUUCCCAGCGGACUUUGCGUGCAGAUCGGAGCUAAAGGAACGGAUGCUAUGUUUACUGCUCCUUGUAAUGGGGAGGACAACCAGAACUUCGAUUUCUGGGCCGCCUCUGGGCCUUAG